AUGCCAGCGAGUGGACGACGUUCCAAAAAUUGCGGCAACUGCCGAUCUAUCAAGCGAAGGUGCGACCAGAAGUUUCCCCAUUGUGGACAGUGCAUUCGUGCGCACGAGGAAUGUCAAGGGUAUAGAGAUGAAUGGGAGCUGGUCUUCCGCGAUCAAACCACCCACACAAUUAAGCGCUCCAAAGACGCUCGGGCAAAGGCAGAUGGCUUGGAAACAUUGAAAAGAUCGCCCCCAUCCCGCACUCUGAGUCUCAGCUCGGACGAGGUGGGCGUCAACUAUUUUCUAUUUCAUUUCGUCGUUGGUGGUCUUUCUCCCUCUCGAGGGUAUCUGGACUAUGUGCCGGCAGUGUUUAGCGCUGAUGGUGAGAAUCCGACCUUGAUUGCCAGCAUGGCAGCUGUGGGUCUUGCAGCCCUGGCAAACUCCACUCAACAGCCUGAAUUGUCCCAGCGGGCCCGCACAAAAUACUGGGAAGCGAUAGACAAAGUGAACGCAGCGCUCAGUUCUCCUGUCGAAUCUAUCAAGGAUAGGACCGUGGCGCUGGUGGUUUCACGUGGCAAGAGCCAAUUCUCAAGUCCAGCCUCUAUUCCCAUGUUCAAUCAAGUGCGUGCAGAUAUGUGCGCUGCCUGUGUUCAUCGCCUUGAGCCAUUUCCACGAGAUAUGCUUGAGUUGCAAGAAGAGGCAAGCAAGCAGGCCGACAACUCCAGUUGCCUUUGGCUACUAGGCGUGCUGGCCACGCGGACUGUCAAUCUUCUGUCGGAUGUUACGGUGACCAAAAUCAAAGAUGGUGCAACUUUAGCAUACUUCCUGGAAGAAUCUGCUAUCCUUCAACGUGACUUUCAAGACGUUCUUGGUAAUUUUAGGACGCAAGAACCGUAUGCAACGAUUGAAGAUCACAGUGGAGACCCAGACCUCAUUUACAAUUCUCGAUAUGACCUCUACAGAUCCGCGUGGGCUAUAAGACUUUGGAACAAUUCUCGUAUCCUUCAAGUCAUUAUCUGCGAGAUUGAAUUCCACCUUUUGUCGAAAGCCCUCACUGCGGGUCUCCCACCGGCCCGCCAAAAGGAAAUAGCGACAACCCUUGAAAAGACAUGUCGAAUCCUCAAAACUCUGGGUGACGAUAUUUUGGCCACAGUUCCGCAGUCCUUGGGAGCUGUGUUGUCCCCAGCGGAGUCUCCUACUUCUGCCGAUUUGUCUUCCGAUCCAUCUGCCAACGGAAGUGCUUCGGGUGGGCAUCUACUAAUGUGGUGCUUAUACACGGUUGGAAAAUCCCCAGUCACAAGAGGCCGCACCCGAAAAUGGGUCAUGAAGCGUCUUAGGGACAUUGCUCAAAAAUCAGGUCUCCCAAUAGCCCUGCAGUUUGUCAAUGACAUUGAUGAGAUAGACAAGGCGGCGAGCAUUUUGGAGUCUGCCGAUAAUUGA